AACAAAUGGAAAAUAUUUAGUUACAUCUUUCGAGAAGGAACAUAAUCAUGCUCUAGCUACCCCUAGAAGUAAGCAUAAAUUGCCAUCUCAAAGAAAGAUUUCUAGUGCUCAAGCAACUCAAAUUGAACAAGCAAACAAUUCUGGUAUACGACAAAAAUUAAUUUUUGAAUUCUUGAGUCGACAAGUUGGAGGACGCGAGAAUGUUGGGUGCACUCUUAAAGAUAUUAGCAACCAUUUGACUAGUAAGAGGAUGGCAGAAAUGAAGGAAGGGGAAGCUUAUACAUUGCUUCACUAUUUUGAAUCAAAGCAAUAUGAAAAUCCAUCAUUUUUUUAUGAAAUUCAACUUGAUGUUGAAAAUCAAAUCACAAAUAUUUUUUGGGCUGAUGCAAAAAUGGUUGUAGAUUAUUUUUAUUUUGGAGAUAUGGUAUCUUUUGAUACUACUUAUCGUACAAAUCGUCACUUGAGACCAUUUGCACCAUUUGUUGGAUUCAAUCACCAUCGGCAAACUGUAACAUUUGGUGCUGCUCUAUUAUAUGAUGAGACAAGCGAGUCAUUUGAGUGGCUGUUUAGAACUUUUAUGAAGGCUAUGUGCGGAAAGAAACCAACCACAAUAUUUACAGAUCAAGAUCCAGCGAUGGCAAAAGCAAUUGCGAAGGUAUUUCCUGAAUCAUAUCAUCGUUUGUGUGCUUGGCAUCUCUCACAAAAUGCUUGCAAGCAUAUUAAUCAUGUUUACAAGAAAUCAGAUUCUUUUGCUUCAGACUUUAAAGGUUGCAUAUGUGAUUUUGAGUAUGAGGAUGACUUUCUUAAUGCAUGGGAGUCAAUGCUUGACAAGUAUGACCUUCGUCAAAAUAAGUGGUUGCAAGAUUUGUUUGAAAAAAGAGAAAAAUGGGCAUCAGUAUAUGGUCGGCAUGCCUUUUGUGCAGGAGCUACAAUAACCCAAUUGAGUGAAAGCUUCAAUGGUCGAUUAAGAGGUUAUAUGAAGCCUACAUUAAAUGUGUUAGGUUUCUUUAGAAAUUUUGAGAGGUUGAUAGAAGACAUGAGAUAUAAGGAGUUGGAAGAGAAUUAUGAAAUGAGUCAAGCGAUGCCACCACUAAAUUUAGAUGUUCUUUUGUUGAAAAAUGCAAGAGAAAGCUAUACACGAGCUAUCUUUCUUCGUGUUAAAAAGGAAUAUGAGAAAUCAUGUAACAUACUUUUCAAGGAAUGUAACCAAGUUUCAAAAAUAUUUGAAUAUAAAGUAUGUGUGAUGGGCGAUAUGGGAGAUCACAAGGUUACAUUUAACUCAGAAGAUGAAACAGUUGAAUGCAGUUGUAAGAAAUAUGAAUUUGUUGGCAUCUUAUGUUGUCAUGCUCUUCGAGUACUUAAUUUGUGGAAUAAGCUAGUUAUUCCUUCAAGGUAUAUUCUCAAGAGAUGGAGCAAACAUGCUCGAAGUGGAUGUGUCAUUGAUAAUAGUGGACGUAUAAUCAAAGAAGAUCCAAAGUUAGAUGUCUCAAAUCGUUUCAAGGAUUUAUGCCGAAUUGCAGUUGACAUAUCAAGUAAGGCUGCUGAGUCUGAUGAUGCUACAAAUUUUUUGGCAAAAAAGUUUGUAGAGUUAGUUGUGGAAGUUGAGAAAAUAUUAGGCAAAAGUUCUUCCAUUGCAAACCAACAAAAUGUUAGUGAAACUAUUGCAACCAGUGAAAAAGAUGCAUUUCAAGCCAAAGGAUUGAAAAAAAAAGAGGGUGUAUCUCGUGUUAAAGGUCGUCCUAAAAGCUGUUUAGAAAAGAAGUCAAAGAGAAAACGGCACCAAGAGAAGCCGUCAUCAACAUUACAUUGAUAUUUGGACUAUGAGUCUAUGAAUUUGUUAGCUCCAUUGAUAUAGGUUGGCAAGGUAAAUAUCUUGAGAAGGCUAGAAGCAACUUUGGAAUGAUUCAGAGCCACAAUUCUUGUUUCUUUUGAUAAUGCACAUUGGCUAUCCGUUGGAAUAAUUGACAAUAAAUUUUAUUUUUAUUUUUAUAGCAUUGACAAUAAUGAUAU